AUGACAAUAUAUUCAUUCAAUAUCUUUGAUCGCCAUUGUAAUUGUAUAUACAUUAGAGAAUUUAUACUGCAACCGCAACAACUGCAACAAUUACCCUCAUCAAACUCAUCAACAUCAUUAAGUUCAACUUCAUCAAAUCAACAAGGUUCAAUCAAUAAAAAUAACUAUGGCAACAACUCCAAACUAUUAUUUGGUAUAAUAUACUCGCUAAAUCAAAUUUCAUCAAAACUAGCAUCUCCCCAUCCCGACUCAAAUGAACAACCAAACGAAUUAAAAACAUUCACAAUAGGAACAGUUAAAAUCCAUUUUUGGGAAUCAUUAACUAAAUUUAAAUUCAUUAUAGUAACAGACACAACCGUAACAAAUUUACAAAAUGAAUUAUGGUACAUUUAUCUGAAUUUAUUUUUGCGGUAUGUUGUUGAAAAUCCUUUACUGCCAAUUGAAUUUAAAGUUAUUGAAGAUGAUGAAAAUUCAAAAAAUCAAAAUAAUGUUGAAAAUAUGAGAGAUAAUGAACAAUAUGGGAAGAUUAAUAAUGGGAGAUUUAUUGAAGAGACUGAUUCGUUUUUGAAGUCGUUGCCUAUUUUUGUUUAG